AUGACGCGCUCUAUCCGGAAACAAUUCAAUGUGUACAAUAUGUAUAAAACUUUCAUUUUACUUGUCAUAUGUAAAUCGUUACAAGGAGAAAAUAUCUAUCCAACAGAUUUUCGUUCGUUAAAUUUAGGAUCAUGUACUCUAAAUGGUGGAGAUGUAUACUGUCGACAGUAUAGACGAGAUAGUUUUUGUUCUCUUCUACAAGAUGAAUGUUUCUGUCUACCAGGAUAUGUAUCAGUUAACGAAAUGGACGAUAGUUGGUAUACAUGUAAACCAUUAAUUACUGAUCUGUAUUGUCGAAUGGAUUUGGAAUGUGCUCAUAUUUCUGGAAGUAUUUGUCAUCCAGGUGUUGGUGCUUGCGUUUGUCCAAGUGGUUAUGAAUUUGUACUACAACAGUUUGCUUGUUUGCCUCGUAUAAAUGACAAUAGAAAUUCCUUAUGUACAGCAUGUCAAAGGUCAGGAGGAAUAUGUGUUAUGAAUAAGACAGAUUAUCCUAUGAACAACUAUCAAAGUGAACUUCAAUGUGCAUGUCCCAGAAGAAGAAUGAUGCCGAGAAAAGUGGAGCCUUCUCCCUUCCACCUGUGUCAUUCGACUUCAACUGACAUCGGUGAAGAAUGUAAUGUCCAAGGACAUAGAUGUUUAAGUCAAAAUGCUGUUUGUGUGCAAACCACAAUUCAACAGUCAUCUGACAACAGAUUAGAGCUGACAAGAAAUAGAACCAUCAACAUUUGUCAAUGUCAGAAUGGUAUGAUUCCUGUUUACCAGAAAAAUUUGGAUUAUUUUGAAUGCUUUACAGAAGUCACUGACUCAACCAUACUCGACUGCCAAAGUUGUUUCCAGUCUCAUGGGAGAUGUUAUCGAAUAAAUUCUGAUCUUACAAACAUAACCAAUAUCCAAUAUGGCUGUACAUGUCCACUGUUUCAACAACAUCUAAUAAAUUCAUCUGGGGAUAACCUGUGUGAAAGUAAUUCAUGUACACAUGAUAAAGAGACAAAAUUCAAUAGCGAAUUUAAUAAAAACAUGGAAAAAUAUCAUCAUGCAUUACCAAAUCAAUUUACGCGCGAAAAACAAUUUACAAAUUUUAAAAAGAAUAAAAACUUUUGUACAGAAUCAUUUAUUCAGGUUACCUGUGAUAGUCAAGGCAUCAAUAUAUGUUAUAAACAUCCUUAUAAAAUAUCAGAUCCUGUUCCAAAUAAUGAUACAGCAAGCUCAUUUAAAGUUUAUCUUAGGUCUACAAUGAUCUAUCCUGAAUUUAUUGUAACAAAGUUCAAUGUUUCAAUGAGUAGAUCAAUAGCUCAAUCGUGUCUAUUAAAACAAACAGGUGAUGAGACAUUUUGCUCAACAUUCAAUAUUCAAUUGAAUCAAUUCAAACAAUGCGGAAUUUAUGAAAUCGUAUAUAAAGAUGGAUCAGCUUACUAUGGGACAUUACACGCUGAAGAUAAAGAAGACGUAGGCGAAGGAGAUUCUAUUUCUAUGCUAAGAAAUUUUCAUAUUGAUUUUCUGUGUUUUAAUGAAGGCAAAUCAAAGAUGUCUACGACGUAUUUCUAUGAUAGAUCAUUUUCUAGCAAAUUCGUUGAACGAAAUCGCCAGCUGAUAUUAUCUGAAAGUAAAAAUGAAACCAACACUGUCUCUGCAAUGAAAUAUGUUAAACAUGGGCCAACUAACAAGGUACUAUUAACAACAGUCACUAAUUCCGACUCAAUUCCCCUGCCAAUUGCCCCUGAUCUCUCCAACCAACUUUUUCUAACGUUACUCAAAUUGAAGGAGAAUGAUAUAAGAUUGGAAAUUACUUCAUCAGUAUCCAAAGAUAUACUAAUCGAAUAUUGUUUGGUCGAUGGUGAAUUCAAUUCGUCCAGUAGAAAAUUACCAACUGUUGACAAUGAAAAUCAUCUUGGAGUAAGAUGCCUCAAUAUGCAUAUUGGCGAUCGGAUAAAUACAACUCACAAUGCAUUGAAUUAUCAAUGUAUCUUGUUUGAACGAAAUAAACAUGAUAAUAAGCAAGAAAAUGAUUCAGUUAGUUGGAUAAGUGAAUCAGUGAAUUUACAAAAUUUCGUGUUACAUAAACACUCUCAAAUCACUUGUCUUAUACGUGUUUGUAAAAUACCCAAAUAUUGUACAUAUGCUAAUCCCUAUUCAUCAAAAGAAACACGAGUUGAACAGAAUGAUUUAAAUAUCCCCUCCAAAGUGUAUAUACCCUUUAUAUUAUGGAACAAUUCUAUUACUAAUAAUAAUAGAUUACAAGAUCAAUACGGUGCACUCUUCCCACCAGCAAAUUUAGCUGAUUUUAUACAAUUCUAUUUUAUACAAACUACACUGGAAACAAAUUAUACUACUGAUAAAAGUAGUGAUGUAAAUUUGCAUGUAAAGAAUGCAGAUAUGAACCAUUCAGAAGUUUUUAAUUGGAUGAAAUAUAUUUUGGGAAUUUUAAUUUUUAUAUUUAUUUGUCAAACAUGUAUGAUACUGGUGACAAGUAUGAAAAAGCUCUACAUCAGGUAUAAAUUAAAAGAUGCCUUCAGUACUUUGACUUCUGUCAAUACAAAAAGAUUUGAAAACUCAAUGAUUAGACGUAUUCACUCAAAUGACAAUUGUCACACACAUGAAAUUGAUCGAGUCAAUGGUGUUAUCAAUGAAGGUAACAGUAGAUGCGAAAUAAACGUCGAGCUGAAUGACAAUCAUCAAUUUGAUCCUCUUCAUAAUGACACCAUGGAUAUUAUUAUUAAACCUCAAAAAACUAGACAUUCAACAACUUGUCUACAUAAUGAUGUUCAUGAAUCCAGAAGGUAUCCACCUCAACAUACAACUUCUUCACACUUGAAACCCCAGAAUGACAACAAUACUAUAUCGAAAAGUGUUUGUGAAUCCACUUUGGAUACAUCAUACAGUCAAGUUCAAAUGUCAACAGAAUAUUUAAAACAAAAUAAGCAGAAUUAUCUGUUAGACAACAGUUAUGGUGAAAAUUAUCCAAAUCAAACUAUACCUCACCCGAUAAAUUAUAAAAAUCAUCACCCAUUAAAACAACGACAAUAUGUUCAAUGUCCAAUAUAUUAUAGUUUAAGAAAUCAGAAUUAUAAAGAUGGUUGGGUUUAA